UGAUCACCAAUUAAUGCUGGCCCGGCGCGCGGCACCAGUGAAUUGAACCAGCUCCACAGAGCGCACUGCAUAUUCUUUGUUUGCUCCUUCAGUCGUUUGCGUAUACAUACACUGAUCUGAUCUGAUGAUGGCCUCAUCCCUGAGCGUCGCCCGCUUUUGCGGGCAGUCUGCCGCGCCCUUUGCCAGAACAGCGUCGUCGUCUGCUGCGGCGGGCGCUCAAAAUGCAGACGGUGUCAAUGUGCGCGGCAGCAAUGCCGGCAGGGAGCUUGUUUGCCGCGGGAAUAUGUGGGGCCGGAAGAUCCAGUACGCGCCAGUUGAGGCCUUUCCUUGCAGAGGAAGCAAAGUCAAGGCGUCCCCAAUCAGCAUGGGCUGGACCCAGAUGCCGGGCGGCCUCAAAACCAUCAGCAGUGGGGACGAGAAAACGGUAGUGGGCACCGAUACUGCGAACAACGUAUAUCUGUUCGACGGCACUGAAUGGAGCCAGGCAACUGGGAAGAUGGCGCAGGUUUCGGCCGGAUUUAGCGGCAUGUGGGCUGUUGACAGACAGAAUCAGCUGUACCAGUGGGACGAAGCCGCCCCGGAGUUUGUUGAGGUCACUCCAAUGCCCGGCAGCGGGAAAAUCGCCCACGUGGCCUCCGGGCAAGACGUGUACGUCAUCGACACGAAACGCCAGAUCUUCAAGUACCAGGGAGAAGGCAAGUGGAUCCAGCUCGACGGCUUGCUGGACGCGAUUGACACCAACGAUUACGGCGACCUCUGGGGCAUCCAACUGGGCGAAUUAAAGAAGGUGUACCGACGCUUCUCGGGGCGGUGGGUGUACGUCCCCGGGCCCGAGGGGCGCGACAGUGUCAAGCAGAUUUCCACUGGUCUGUGCGGAGUAUGGGCGGUGGACGCCAAAGGCAGCAUCUUCCGCUGGGUUAUGAACACGAGUGAAACGGGCGCUUGGUUCAAGGAAGAGGGAUCCCUCUCGGCCAUCAGCGCGGGUUACCCCACCGUCUGGGGCCUGGACAAGAACGGCAAGGUGUACAGAUAUACAGUGUAA